GUAACAUGCCUUGUGUAAUAUGAGCCAACGCCAAUUGAAAGACAAUGAUUUCAAUAAGGCGAGCAGUCAAUAAUUCUGCGCCAUUGACCUCAUUAAGAUCUUCAACAUUUCCCAUAAGAAAGAGUGCAGUCGUCCGAUCAUUAUCGACCACGACCACAACCACAACGUUAACCUCGCCAAAUCCUUUCAGAGCAUGGCACAAAGAGACAAAGCAACCUCAAACGAGAGGGAAUCCACGCCACUUCUCUAAUUCAACCAAUGUCUCUCCAACUCUCAAACUACACAAUCAAACUGUCGGGAAGAUAUCGGCAAACGUUCGACAAUUCUACGAACGAAAGGAGAAAUUCCGAAUUAAUCAUGGUUCUACGAAUAGUACACGAAAUAAUGCAAAAGGCAAAAAUAUAAUCAAUAUCGGUGGAUUGUCGCAUGUAUUGAAAGUCAACGCUACGACUCAGACAGCAUGGGUAGAACCAAAUGUGCCAAUGGAUAGAUUGGUGGAAGAGACGUUAAAAUAUGGACUGGUACCACCAGUAGUGAUGGAGUUUCCUGGAAUUACUGCUGGAGGAGGAUAUGCGGGGACAUCUGGUGAAAGCAGUUCUUUUCGACAUGGUUUCUUUAAUGAGACGAUCAAUCGGGUUGAGAUGAUUUUGGCAGACGGCCAGAUUAUUCAAUGUUCGAAGACUGAUAAGCCUGAUUUAUUCCAUGGAGCGGCCGGAGCGGUUGGCAGUAUGGGUGUUACGACAUUGGUUGAGUUGCAGUUACAAAAAGCGAAGAAAUUUGUCGAGACUACAUAUCAUCCAGUAUCUAACAUGCCAGAUGCAAUCAAGAAGGUUGAAGAGAUGACCGCGGAUCCGACCAUUGAUUAUGUGGAUGGAAUCAUGUUUUCGAAAAAGAAAGGUGCUAUCAUCACUGGCCGCUUGACAGAUGUACCAACGGACAAUACUCCAGUACAACGUUUUGGUAGUGCUUCAGAUCCAUGGUUCUACAUGCAUGUAGAAUCCAGUAUUAACAAUAGUGAAUCCGCCCCAAGAUUUGCCAUACCUCUCGCUGAAUAUUUCUUUCGAUAUGAUCGUGGAGCAUUUUGGGUGGGUGCUUCAGCCUUCAAAUACUUUUCUUUCCCCCUCAACAAAUUCACUCGAUGGUUCUUGGAUGACUUUUUACACACGCGUAUGUUAUAUACUGCACUUCACACUGCUGGUAUGCCACCUGGGUAUAUUGUCCAGGACUUGGCUUUACCAUAUUCCACCGCGACGGAAUUUGUAGAAUACACGGAUGAAUAUUUUGGAAUCUAUCCCUUAUGGCUCUGUCCAUUAAAGCAAAGCGCAAUGCCAACCAUGCAUCCCCAUUCCGCCUCCUACGGAGCUGACGGGAAAACUCUCCAACCUCUAAUGAACAUCGGUCUCUGGGGCUACGGAAAGGAAAAAGACCUCGUAAAAGCCAAUAUCAGUCUCGAGAAAAAGCUAAAAGAAUUGGGUGGUAUGAAAUGGUUAUAUGCACAAACCUACUACAACGAAGAACAAUUUUGGGAAAUGUAUGAUCGCAAAUGGUAUGAUGGAUUGAGGGAGAAGUACCAAGCAACCACUUUACCAAGUGUUUAUGAGAAAGUCAAAGCAGCGCCAAAAACCGAGGUAGAAAAACCCUUGAACCUUUCAGAGAAAUUCUUGAAGGCGUGGCCUAUUAGUGGAUUUCAUGGGAUCUACAAGGCAAUACAAAGUAAAACCUAUCUAGCAGCCAGGGCUUCUGCAUGGAAGACCUUUAAUUUGGCGACUAUCAAGGAGAAGGAAUCCGGUAGGUAGUUUCGACAUGAAGUUUAUGACCAGGAGGUCAUUAUAUCUCGGCAAACCAUGUACACUCACCUCUCAAGAUCUAUAUACAUAUACCCUACACCAAAGCCCCUCCAAAUCAUCAUGUGUAAAUAUGCACAAGCAAACCAAAGCUAAGCUAGUUUUGCUCUUGAUAGAUCCCUAGAUACAUAGAUACCUCAAUAGAUGAAUACUUAAGUAUAGUAUGUCCUCA